UUUUUUCAGCUUCCACUAUUUUCACUGCCUUCAUUCUUCUGUCCGUUAUCCCAUAUUUUCUAAGAUUGCAUCAUUUUCGAACAAAAUCUCCUUCGUUUUCUGCAACCAUCUGCACAAGUUUCACCAGAUCCCAGGAAGUAAAAUCCACUGCGUUUUUGCAACCCUCUGAAAACCUACUCAAAAGUCUCUUUUCUUUUCCCCAGAUUUUCUCCGUAAUCUUUUUUUUUUCUUUCUAGCUUUUCGGAUUUUACUUCUAGAAUUAACAACUGUUGUCCCGGUCUCAUUUCUGCUUUCCUUGCAUUCCUCUCUUCAUUGCCCCCAUAUUUUCCAAGAUUAUUGCAUUAUUUUGGUAAAAUCUACUACAUUUUUCUGUCUCUCAGAAGCAGUAGUUUCACGUCAGCAGCUAGAAACUUGUGAGCAAUCUGUGGAGAAGCGUUUCACUGGGCACUGAAAAAAAAAAAAAAAGCCUAGGUGCCUCCCCUUCUGCUUCAUUCUAAGGUGAUUUGGGGAAAGCACUAGUCAUUCAAGGAAGUGACCCAGCUAUCUAUGGAUUGGGUAGGGCCAAGCAUCGAAGUUGUUAAGCUUGUUGGUGGUCGAUUUGUGAGAUAUCUGAAAUACCAGAUAAAAUAUAAUGAUCUUUUGCAAGAGUUCGAGCAAAGCAAACAAGGCUUGUGCAAUCGAAAACAUGAUAUCGCAUCAGAACUGAGGACUCAGCUUGAAUCUGCACCUUACCAUGUUGUAAAGGCGGAAGUGGAAGAUUGGCUUAGAGAAGUAGAAGAAUUUAUUGAAAGACAGAAUGUUGUUGAUGAAGUGAACAGUUGGGGGUAUCUCUCUUGCUGUUGCCGAGCAGUGAUUCUAGAGGAAAGAACACAGGAAUUGAAGGAAAUAUAUGAUAGAGGGGAUAAAUACACUAAUGAGUGUUUGGUCAUUGAAGAUCACUCCAGGAAACUCAAUUAUGAUGUGAAGAAUUUUAAAGAAUUGAAAGAGAAGCUGCAGCACAAACAGGGAGAUAUUGGUUCAACAUUGCCGUCACAACUUGUCUAUGGGAAAAUUGAGAAGGAGGAAGUCAAACAUUGGCUGGGGAAAGUGGAAGAGAUGUUGAAGGGAGUCAAAGAUAUUGAAGAUAAAAUGGGAGGGAGUCCCCAACAUUCUUCUGAUUCUCUAGUAAUGCUUCUUAGAGAAAAGAUUCAAGAAAUGGAGAGAAUGUGUGAUGAAGGAAGUCAAUUGCCAGACUGUUUGGUCAUUGAUGAUCCAUCAGCUUCAGCAGUUGAACUGCCAGUACCAAAAUUACAAGGCAAUGAGGCUGUUAAAGCAAAAAUUUUGGCAUACUUGAAAGGAGAAGAGGUGGCAAAGCUCGGAGUUUGGGGAAUGGGAGGAAUCGGAAAAACAACAAUCAUGAAGAACAUACACAAUGAACUGCAGAAACAACCCAAACCCAAAUUCAAGAAAAUAAUUUGGGUAACUGUGUCACAAAACUUUCAGAUCUACAAACUGCAAGAACAAAUUGCAAGCAGUUUGAAGGAGGAGCUUCCAAAGGAUCAAAAUAUAGCUAUGCGUGCUGGACAGUUAUUCGAAAUGCUAAGAGAAGACAAACACAAGCCUUUCUUGCUGAUUUUAGAUGAUGUGUGGAAGAUUUUUGACCUUAAUGAGGUUGGAAUUCCUGAGCCAAAUGUGCCAAAUGUAACUGAUGGCUGCAAGUUAGUAUUGACUACUCGGUCACAAGAGUUUGCUCGUUCAAUGGAUUGUAGAAGAGGAGGCAUUAAAAGGGAUUUAGAAUCAACUUUGAAGGACAUUGUGGAUGAAUGUGAUGGUCUUCCAUUGGCACUUAGUACAGUUGCUGGCAGCUUAAAAGGAAUAUCUGACUCACGGUUGUGGAGUGUUGCACUGAAUCAAUUGAGAGAUUGCAAAAGAAAUGUGGCAGGUCCAGAUAAUGCUGAUGCAUUUCAGAUAUUAAAGUUCAGUUAUGAUCGUUUGAAAGACAAACAGAUCGAAGAUUGUUUUUUAUAUUGUGCAUUGUAUCCUGAGGAUUACAUGAUUUUGAAGGAGGAAAUAAUUGAAUAUUGGAUUGAUGAGGGGUUUAUAGAUGAAAUGGACACUCGGCAAGCAAUGAAGGAUUGGGGUUAUUAUAUUUUGAAGAAGCUUGAAGAAUGUAGCUUGUUGGAAUUGAUUAAAGAGGAUGAACAUGAAUAUGUAUAUGGAGGAGAUCGUGUGAGGAUGCAUGAUCUUAUUAGAGAUAUGGCCUUGCACAUUACAAAAACGAGUCCUCGGUUCUUGGUAGAAGCUGGCAAGGCAUUGAAAGAGCUACCAGAGAAGGUAAAUUGUGCAGAAGGUGUUCAAAAGGUUUCAUUAAUGUGUAACUGUAUUGAAGAAAUUCCAUCGAGCAUGGCAUCUUCAACAUGCAAAGGACUCACAACCUUGUUGUUGGCCCAGAAUGAUUUGUCAACAAUUUCAGAAUCUAUCUUUGAGCAUAUGCCAGAGCUAAAAAUUCUUGAUCUGUCCUUCAAUGAAAAGCUAAGCAGCCUACCAAAUUCUGUCUCUAGCUUGGUGAAGCUUACUACAUUGUUGUUGGAAUCAACAGGCCUAAAAAGUGUACCAUCUUUAUCAGGCCUUGGAUCCUUGAAAAAGUUAAACCUUAGGGGGACAAAUAUCGAAGAAGUCCCUGAAGGCCUGGGAGAGUUGAAGAAUUUGAAAUGCCUUUAUCUUUGUGGAUCAGACCAUGGAGAUUUUGUUGAAAUAGAUGAGAUAGCAGAUGGAGUAUUAUCAAAUCUCUCCAAACUUCAGGAGUUAAUUGUAAAUCGGAGCAGCAUAAUAUUGAAGGGAGACGACGUUGGGAGAUUGAACAAGUUGGAAGUUUUUUAUGGCCGAUUUCCCACCGUGGAUGACGUGAGAAUCUUUCUUAAAUCUCAGCCUAAUAAGCUGAAUAGCUAUGUUAUUAUUGUUGGAAGCAAUUUGGAUUCCUUUGAGGAGGAAGAGAUUUAUGAAAGUCCAGAAGGGUUAUCAAGAUAUGAGAAAAUAAUGCUGUUCCGGGAGACUAGUAUUGUUGGAGAGAAUACAUUAUGUCCCUCCGUCCAAUUCUUAUUUAUUUGUGAUUGCCACAACAUAAGAAGCUUAAAUGAUUUUUCUGAUAUUAAAGAUGUAACAGAUUUGAGGAGAUGUGUGAUUUGGGGUUGUGAAGGCAUGGAGUGGAUUCUUUCCUCGUGGAUAAAUAGCAGUCUCGUCCAAACCCUUGAGUAUCUAGAACUUUGGGGUUUGCACAAAUUGGAUGGGCUAUUUGAAGCAAACGUCAUGGCGACGUCAUCACCUCCACCUGGGAUUUUUUCAUCUCUUAAAGAAGUUUCGAUUGUGGAAUGUAAAAAAAUAAAGAAGUUGUUUCCAUCUUGGAAGUUGGUGGAAUGUCUCAAAAAGCUUGAAGUUCUCUGUGUCGACGACUGUGAAGAAAUGGAAGAAAUAAUAGCAUCAGAUCCAGAAGAAGAAGGAGAAGAAGGAGGGGACAUCAUCAAGAAGCUCAUUCUUCCAAAAUUAAAAAAGCUGUCAUUGGAAAAAUUGCCAGCAUUGAAGAGCAUCUGUAGCAGGAGGGCAGUAAUGGUAUGUCAUUCUCUUGAAGAGAUUGGAAUUCGUGGUUGCAAGGGCCUAAGGAGGAUGCUUCUUUCUCUUCCCCUGGUUGAAUACGCCCAAAGUCUAGAAAGGAUUAAGGUCUCUUUUUGUGAAGAAAUAGAAGAAAUAAUAGCAUCAGAUCCAGAAGAAGAAGAAGAAGGAGGGGACAUCAUCAAGAAGCUUAUUCUUCCAAAAUUAAAAGAACUAGAAUUACAUUUCUUGCCUGCAUUGAAGAGCAUCUGUAGCAGGAGGGCAGUAAUGGUAUGUGAUUCUCUUGAAUCUAUUUCCAUUUGGGAUUGCAAGGGCCUAAGGAGGAUUCCUUUUCGUCUCCCUCCUCGUCUAUCUCUUAAGGGGUUGGACGACUUGGAGGAUUGGGUGUUUGAAGUAGAAUUGAUUACCAUUAAAGAAGUUGUUUCCAUCUUGGAAGUUGGUGGAAUAUCUCCAAAGUCUAGAGAGGAUUAUAGUCAAUGAUUGUGAAGAAAUGGAAGAAAUAAUAGCAUCAGAUCCAG